AUGAAGAUAAUAUGGAUUACCCCAUUAUUACUGAUCCAGAGUUACCGUACAAUUGGUUCACAUUUACAAGAUGAAUACAACCAAUAUUCGUUAUACCAUAAGAGGCCUUUAAGUCCUCGACCAUUGGAUACAAUGGCAGAUUUAACCAAUGACCUUGGAAUAUGUGUUUUGCGGGUAAUAGCUGCAGGUGGUGCAAUUGGAAAUAUUGCAUUUUCUCCUUUUGGUUUGAUGGCAGUAUCAGUUCUACUUUAUGAAGGAUCGAGUGGGUACUCUGCAUUGCAAAUUAAACAAUCUCUUAAUUUACCUUGGGAAAUCCUUGCUGUCAGAAUCGGAGUUCGAGAUUUAAAUCGUUACCUUAAAACAUAUUUCAAAAGUGAUGGAUUUUUGAAUGGCCUAACUAUGAGCAGAGAAGAAGUAUGUCUCAGGCCACAAUUCAAACGAGUACUACGACUGUACGGUUUUGACGACCCCAAUAGUUUUCUUUUUGAUUCGUGUCCUGAAAGUGCUACGACAACGAUUCAACCACUGCAGCCUAUGUCUGUUACUACACAUGGUACUGUAGUGACGGAAAUUAUCCCAACUAGCCAAAUAAUUCAAGUUUCUACUAAUAUUACGAAUGGGUCAGCUAGUGACAUAUCAACAGUGGCGACUGAACUUCCAGCCAAAGUAACUUACCUAGGUGAUGCUAGUUUCACUAUAUCUAAUAUCGAUACAAACACCAAUUUACCUAUGAAUUCUCAAACAGUCACAAUGGUCGUUGAUAUUGAAACACAACCUCACACCAUGCCAUUAGAAUUAUCAACUAAUCAAGAAAAAACAACACUUCUUAUCAACGAACAAGAACCAAAAUCAUCUAAUGAAAUAGAAGUGACCAAUAAAAACCCAAACGAACAGUUAAAAACUGAUGAAAUCGUUUUAAGUACUACACCUAUGACUUCUGACGAUCCUAUGAUGGUGGCAGCUACGGUAACUCAAACGAACAUAGAUUAUAAAAAUGGUGCAUUGAAUUCACCAAUCAAGAAUAUUAUUGAUACAACAAAUAAUAGUAAAUCGCAAACUAGUCCUACAGACGUAUUUACUACUACAUGGUCACAGCAUGAAAGUACAACCCAUGGUUCAUCCGACAUAACUACUGCAGACGUAUUUACAAGUGUUAACGAUGAAAUUGUUUCACCUAGUAACUCUUAUGUUACUUAUGCUAAAGACAGAUCGGAUAUUACGGUAAUAGCAUCUACAGAAAUCCCAUUAAAAACUACUAUUAAUAGCGAAAUAAACGAGGUAAACACCGCAAUGGAAGAUAAAUAUCUCUUUCUCGAAAACACCGUGGAAGGCAUAAUUACCACAACUAAUGAAUUCAAAAUGGACAUCGACGAAACGACUAAAAUCAUGGACGUCGGAAGUACAUCACAAAUGUUUUCGUCAACAAACCCUAUAUCUAAUGAAGAUAGUACAACUACGGAGAUUGAAAUGAAUACUAAUCUUCAAAAAAUAACUGAUCAAACAACGCCAUACACGAUUCCUGAAUUAAAUAACAAUCAAGUAACAACAGUAAGUGAACAUUUAAUAUCCUCAACAGAUGUUCCAUCGACAAUAGUGAGUUCAAGUAACGUGACUGAAAAUGAAAUCAUAAAAGAAGCGGAGUCCAAUCACCAUUAUCAAAUAGCUACUUUGGAAAAGAAGAGUGGGAGGUCUAUAGAGUCUAAUGAUAAUUUACCUACUUUUAAUGUAGAGUUCGUAGUACGAAAAGAAGAUGUACGAACCAAUUGCAAUCAAACAAGAAAAAGGACCAUUAUCAAACCGGAUAGGAUUUUGACGGAAUAUCCAUCAAAUUCAGGCGUUUCAAUUACAAUUAGGGGAUCGAAGAAGCGAAGAAGAAGACAUUUGAAUCAGUAUCAAGGAUACAAUACAAAUCGAAAUCAAUGGUUUAAUGGUUACAAGACUUACGGACCUCCAUCUGGCUGGAUGGACAGGUCAUCCAAUCCAUUUGAGUCAAUUAAUUUGUUCAAUUCUGGUUAUCAACGUAUCCCAUUUUUUACUUAUACAGCUGUAUUGCCUUUUGGAUUUAUUUUCGAGCUAAAGUCACAAGUUAUCGAGAUACCUUUAGAUGAUCCAAAGUACACGUUGAUGAUACUUAUGCCAAACCAUCCGGAUGGUCUAUCCGAGCUGUUGCUGCUGUUGCCGUCCAUGUCUUUGCGCAACAUACACAAUUCUCUAAAACCGACGGCCGUUCAUGCCACCGUGCCUAUGUUUAAAUACACGGCAAAAGUGGAUUUGACUUCAGCUUUACAACAGGUCGGAAUCCAUGACGUGUUCUACAGGUACAGGGCGGACCUUUCGUUCAUGUCACCGGACGCUCGGUUGUUCGUCAGUUCGGUCCAGCAAGUGGUAUCCGUGACGGUGAAAAAGUACAACACGCCACCGGUUUAUGAAAUCCAACGCAAAUAUGUGGAACAUGAUUUUGUUGUGUCAAAACCAUUUGUCUAUUUUGUGAUGGACAUACAUACCAAAGUCAGUCUUAUAGCUGGAGUCAUCACUGAUCCGCUAGCAUCACCAAUUUGGAUUUAA